CCUGAAGGGAGCUCGCCGUAGAUGGUGAUCACACAGCCUUAAAUCCCGUCUUGUACACUUUUCAAUCUACGCGCAAAGCUAUCGCAGCCGCAGGCUGCGAGACCAAUUCCUUUGUAUCUCGACGAAAAAGUGAAUAGGAGUCGGACUAGCGCGAAGAGCCUACGGGCAGAGUGGUUUCCUGCCGAGACUCGUCGUACGAAGCUCGAGUCUCGUCCACUUCUCGCCAGGCCCCAGGCCCCGGAUCGUCCUGCUCAGGGAUGUGUAAGCGUCGCGCAACCCUGAGCCAAGGGAAAUAAUGGUCUGCCACAGUCCCGAGCCCCGACGCUCGCUGCUUUAUAAGGACAAGGUGGACAGUAACUUGCCCGUCGCACCCGUCCAACGCACCGUCCUCACGUCGUCAUCUCCGUGGUAUGGCUCAAUAUCUCACACUUGUCUGUCCAAUCGACUCGGCGAGCCGACAGCCGCAGUACUCGUCGAAACAUUCGGAGAGGAGAGGCCUGUUCCGCCGCCUUCUCACCGCCGAGCUCCGCUUACCGGGAGCCCGGACGCACGGAUGCGAUACAACGAGCACGACUUCUGGAAGCAUGUCAUAAAGCGCUUCCGCUACAAACUCGUCGGCUGGCCGGAGUCGAUCCCGUUCAAGGAUCUUAGCGAGGUCAAGGGCGGACAGGGCCCCGUCGCAGAGUUGCUCCACUUGUGGUACAAGGGGAAACUCGCUUUCGUACGUGUCGAAUCAGCGUCGGAGGUUGCUGCGCUCAAGCCCCAGACCGUUCGUACACGGGCAAGCCGCUGCGAUCUCAAGUCCCACUGGAGCCAACUGACGGCAUCCGGGAAACCACGACGCUGCCAUCACCGGGGCGCUAUUACGCCGCUGACGGUUACGGAGGAUGUCGAUGCGCGCGUGGACGCGGAGGUUGACGCGAUGGUUGAAGGCACGGGUGGCGGGCAGCGUGUAGCGCAGGGCGAGAUUGCGGAGGAUCGGAUUGAAUCUUGGUAGUUUAGACGAGACCAGUGUUUUUGGAUUUGGCAAAUUGGUUCACUACGGGGUUGAUCAGAAGA